AUGAGUGCUGUAUAUGACUUUGUCAUUAUUGGUGGCGGUAUAGCUGGCCUGGUGGUUGCUUCUCGACUCAACGAGGACCCUAGCACCUCCGUCCUGGUUCUCGAAGCAGGCGCCGACUUGAUAGCAGAUACUCGCGUGAACAUCCCCAUCUUUUAUGCCGCACUUAUUGGAUCCGACGCUGAUUGGCAAUUUCGCUCUUCGCCUCAGUCCGGUCUCAAUGGCAGAAUGCUUGGUCUCAACUAG